GUUUUUUUUUUUAAGCAGAUAUGGCGGCUGAGGGGGAGGCGAUUUUUAUCUGAAUGUAAACAGUAAAUUACAGCUGUACAUUUAUACAUUGGAGCACACUGACAAAUGCGCUCUGUUGACGGAGCAUGAGGUUACCGUGUAAACGUUACGGCAACUAAGCGGCAAAAUGUCAAUGGAGGACCCCUUUUUCGUUGUCAAAGGUGAGGUGCAGAAAGCGGUGAACACAGCCCAAGGCCUACACCAGCGAUGGCUCGAAUUGCUGCAGGAUCCCAGCAGUGCAUCCAAGGAGGAGGUGGACUGGACAACCAAUGAGUUGAGGAACAGCCUGAGGUCCAUCGAAUGGGACCUGGAGGACCUGGAUGAGACCAUAAAUAUCCUGACAGCUAAUCCCAGGAAGUUCAAUUUGGAUGCGAUGGAGCUGACCAAACGUAAAGCCUUCAUCACAAGCACCCGGCAGACCGUGAAGGAAAUGAAAGACCAGAUGUCUUGUCCGAUGGCUCAAGCAAUGUCAGACAGGAAAACCAGACAGGGUUUGCUGGGGGAGAGUGUACCUCAGGGUAUGGCGUGGCAGCCCGGCGCAGACAAAUACAGCCGGCUGGACCGCGAGUUGCAGACCGCCAACUCGCAGUUCAUCGAGGAGCAGCAUUCCCAGCAGCAGUUGAUUGCUGACCAGCAGGAUGAACAUCUGGAGUUGGUGUCUGGCACCAUUGGGGUUCUGAAGAACAUGUCCCAGAGGAUUGGCGAUGAGCUGGAUGAGCAGGCUGUGAUGCUGGAUGACUUCUCCCAUGAGAUGGACAACUCCCAGUCACGGCUGGACAACGUGAUGAAGAAGCUGGCUAAAGUCUCCCACAUGACCAGUGACCGUAGGCAGUGGUGUGCCAUCGGAAUCCUCCUGGCCAUCCUGUUCGUUGUGCUCAUCCUCUUCUUUGCUCUGUGAUGAUGCCCCCGUGAUGAUCCUUCCCCACCACACCGUUCCCUCCCUUUCUCUCUCACUCCGCUCUUUCUGAUGGACUGCUGGUCCUGGACUGGGGGUUAGAAUGACACUUGCCACUGACUCUUUCUUUCCCUCCCAUCUCCUCCAGAUGCAUUUAUACUGUACACAAAUCAGGUUUGCACCCCUGAAGAUUUCUUUUAAU